AAAAUGACUCUCUCUCUUUAGGGUGAAGGUAAAAUUUCCCUUGUUAUGAGAUUCUGAGUCAGGAUUCAAUUCAAAAUUAUGAUUCUCUCAUUUUUCUGAAAAGAAGAUAAACAUUCAUACUCAUUUUUGAGAUUUAUGUUUUUGUUGUCUCGAAUGGUUGAGGUGUGAUAGAAUAAGAACUUAAACGACGAUGAGCUGUUUUUCAUGUUGCAUGCCACAAGAGAAAAUCGAGAAAAAGCUCUCGAAGAAGAGCAUUCAAGAUUACAAGGACAACAAAUCCUUGGCCUCCUUUGCUAAUAUCUCCUACAAAUCUGAUAGCAGCAGGAGAAGGUAUAUAACCGAAGAAAUAGAAAAAUUCGGAAAGGGGAAUAUUUCUUCUCAAAUAUUUACGUUUCAUGAGUUGAGUGUUGCCACUCAGAACUUCAACCCUGAGACUUUGAUCGGUGAAGGCGGUUUUGGGAGGGUGUACAAAGGCCACAUUGAAAGCAAAAAAACAGAUGUUGCAGUCAAGAAACUAGACAGAAAUGGUUUCCAAGGGAAUCGUGAAUUCCUUGUGGAAGUUAUGAUUUUGAGUCUUCUUCACCACCCUAACCUUGUUAAUUUAGUCGGAUAUUGUUCUGAUGGUGACCAGAGAAUAUUGGUCUACGAGUACAUGCCCAAUGGUUCACUCGAGGAUCAUCUCCUAAAUAUAGGCCCGGACAAAAAACCUCUUGAUUGGAACACGAGGAUAAAAGUUGCAGCAGGAGCCGCAAAAGGACUUGAAUAUUUGCAUGAGACAGCUUAUCCUCCUGUGAUUUACAGAGAUUUUAAAGCAUCCAAUAUACUUUUAGAUGAGAGCUUCAACCCAAGGCUUUCUGAUUUUGGCCUUGCCAAGCUAGGUCCUACUGGUGACAAAACACACGUUUCUACCAGGGUGAUGGGAACCUAUGGUUAUUGUGCACCCGAGUACGCGUCCACAGGUCAGUUGACUACGAAGUCAGACGUGUACAGCUUUGGGGUCGUGUUUUUGGAGUUAAUCACUGGUCGGAGAGUCAUUGAUAAUUCAAGACCAAGUGAGGAGCAAAACUUAAUUACUUGGGCACAACCUUUGUUCAAAGACAAGAAAAAGUUCCAUUUGAUGGCGGAUCCAUUGCUUGAGGGAAAUUACCCAGAAAAGGCUCUCUGUCAAGCUCUUGCAGUUGCAGCUAUGUGUCUCCAAGAGGAAGCUUCUACACGCCCUUUGAUCAGCGACGUUGUAACUGCUCUAGAGUAUCUAUCUGUAGGCAAGAGCCAAGCUGAAAAUGAAGAAGAAGCACGAGAAUCAUCUGCAGAAAAAUGUAGUACAGAAAAUACUGAAAAUAAUUCACCAGAUGAUAACUCGAGAGAGAGUAAAAUAGUGUAAAAAUCAAUAUAACAUUAUUCUGUACCAUUGUGUUGCAUAUUCUGUUGCAUACCAA